GUCCUUUCAAUAUGUCCCAAGGACAUGAGAGCGGAUAUAUGCGUGCAUCUCAAUCGGAAGGUUUUUAAUGAACAUCCAGCUUUUCGGCUAGCUAGUGAUGGCUGCCUGCGAGCACUUGCAGUGGAAUUCCAGACAAUCCAUUGUGCUCCCGGAGACCUUAUCUAUCAUGCUGGUGAAAGCGUAGAUGCCCUCUGCUUUGUUGUCUCAGGAUCAUUAGAAGUCAUACAGGAUGAUGAGGUGGUGGCCAUCUUAGGUAAAGGGGAUGUUUUUGGGGACAUCUUCUGGAAAGAGACCACUCUGGCUCAUGCAUGUGCCAACGUGCGGGCCCUAACAUAUUGCGAUUUGCACAUUAUCAAACGGGAAGCUUUGCUGAAAGUUCUGGAUUUUUAUACAGCUUUUGCAAACUCUUUCUCAAGGAACCUCACUCUAACCUGCAAUCUGAGGAAACGG